AUGCGUGAGCCCGUUACCACUGCUGCGGCCAUCGAUCUCGAACUCGUCUGCCACUCGACUCGCAAUCUGCCAAAUGUCCUUAUUGCCAAUGUACCAGCCAUACUGCCAUGUGUGGACAUCCUCGGUCCACGCAGGACGGACACCAAACAUACAACUUCCGGGCGAUGUGGCGGUGGUACUGCUCGUGUAGGAGGAUGCGCCACAGAGACUGGCCGACAGUCUUUCGCUGGUAUUCAUAUAAAUCCCGUCGAUGUCCGGGUCGUUUGA